UUCGGCGGCGAGGCCUCGCCGUCUCGUCACUUCGACUUUUUCUUUAAUAGAGCUUUUUUUUUCGCCAGAAAGGCUCUAUCGGGAACACCGCGAUGCAUUCGAGCUCCCGGAGGAGAUCUUUCGGAAGCAAUACCGCCUGCCCAAGAUCGUGGUGCGGUGGUUGUGCGACGAACUUCGCGAGGAACCGGAGGUGAGGAGAGUACAUACCUCGUGGACGGUCAUGACUGUGGAGCUUCAACUGUUGUGUGCACUGCGCUUCUACGGCACGGGAAGCUUCCAAGGCAUGGUGGCGAGCGUCGAACACGUAGCGCGGGACCAAAAGACAGUCAGCGUUGCGGUCCGCGCCGUGUCCGUCGCUAUCGUGCGUCGUCUCGGGGUCCAGCGUGGCUGGAUCCACUUCCCCGAGACGCCGGGCGAGAGGUUCGACGCGGAGAAGGGCUUCAGGCUGCUCGGCAGGAUACCCGGCGUCAUCGGUUGCGUGGACGGGACCAUGGUCUCCAUCGUCGGCCCGUCCAAGAACGACCCCACCGUCACGAAGGCGGCGUACUGGUGCCGCAAGUACUUCUACGCCCUCAACGUGAUGGUGGUGUGUGACGCCGACUGCCGGAUAAUGUGCAUCGACCCACGGUAUCCAGGGUCGGUGCACGACUCCUUCGUGUGGCAAUUUUCCUGGUUCCGAAACCAACUCGAGCAAGGGCAGGUGCCACGCGACGGCUGGUUCCUGCUUGGUGAGCAUACUAAAUUCAUUCCUUACGCACACGGUGGCUCCCACUGCUUGAAAGCCACAGUACCACACGUACUGUGCUUGUUGUGAGGCACACAGACACAGUUGCUGGAACUCCUUGAAGUGAGACAACACCCAAAGUUUGGCCAUUAAUCUCUGUUUAUGUCCACAUACCUCUCACACUCUGCAGGCUACGAAAGCCACACUACACCAAUCUCACGACAGUGAUAGACUAUGCAAGGCAUGCGACCGCAGUGCGAGUCGCUGUCCGGUUCGGCCCACUCACUGUUACUGUCUGCCUGUACCCUCUUGCUGGUUGGUUUUUGCAUGAAGUUGGAGCUCUUUCGCCGAUCCCUGGGGGCUCGCCUGGUCGCUUUGACAGUCGUCAGUUUGUACGGAAUGGGAUCAAUUCCUCCUUGGCCACUUGGGGCUCGCCAAAUCUGUCCUCGGGUCGUCUCUGUCCCACACACUGGAUUCUUUUCCCUGACCCUUCUUCUUCGGUCUGCCUAUAUAGCUCCUCCUAUUAGACCCUCCGUGUCCCAACAGGAACUGACUCCUUUCCAAUCUAACCACCCCCUCUCUUUUCCCCAUCUCCAACUUCACCGAGGAUUAGGAAAGAGGUUCGUCGAACUGGCGCCUUAUCCCCUUGCUUGCCAAAGACAAGGCCAGCGUGUUCUGCUCUGCCCGUGCCUAAGGUCACGGCCACACUCCCAAAAGCAACAGAGCUUUUAUCUGUCGGAUGCAAGGGCCUAAUAAUGCACUUGCAUACAACACAGCACCCCUAAGGAAUCGUGCACACAUCCCAUACAACCCACCAGGAAAACACAUAGUUACAUGAAAUAACAGGGAGUUUGCAGGCAAGCUGGUGCGAAUUGAUCAUAAUGUAAACUGAUACUGUAGUGCAGAAAUAUUAACACACUUUUAAAUCACACUUAAGUUACAUUAUAAUUGACAUAGUUGCACACAGCUGUUUUUGCUGUUUUCUUGCCUUUCAUUUUAAAAAGUAAAGAAUUGCACAUGUAGUUUGUUUUGAAAAUUGCUUUAUUUCUUAAAGAAAAACCUGUGACUUCAUGAAUAAAAGUGUGACAACGUGGAAUGUAAUAUUUCAUUUUUAGAAGUAAAACUGAGCAUCGACUGGAACCAUGUAAGCAAUUGGGCAAUCUUAAGUAUAUAUCACAGAUAUCUUGUUGAACACUCUGGUCUUAUUUGAGCACAAUAGUUAAAUUUCGAAAGGAAAAAAAAAA